AUGAGGGACCGAAGGGCCUGGCUGCCUGGAAGUAGACUCCCUUUCCGGUACCAACUCUGUAGUUGCGACCUGCCGACCUGCCGCUCAGUUCCGCGUCCCCCUGUUCCGGCGUCCAGGUUCGCGCAUGCUUCGACUUCCGUGCUCAUUGUGACCGGAGAGGGGACCCCGGAAGAAGAGAACGGACCGGCGGCGUCCGCCCGCGCUUCCCUCGGGCGCGCCGGGCUCGCGGUCCCCGCACCGCCACGCACGCCCCGGGACGGCGCUGCCACCCACCGGGGACAUCGGAGUGGCCCGAGGAGAGACCAGGGCGCCGGGCCGCGGUCCCCGCACCGCCACGCACGCCCCGGGACGGCGCUGCCACCCACCGGGGACAUCGGAGUGGCCCGAGGAGAGACCAGGGCGCCGGGCCGCGGUCCCCGCACCGCCACGCACGCCCCGGGACGGCGCUGCCACCCACCGGGGACAUCGGAGCGGCCCGAGGAGAGACCAGGGCGCCGGGCGACCGCCGAAGCUCAGCGUCGCGCAGUCCAGGGGACCCCUCCAAGUUCCGCAAGGCCGGGCCGCGCCCCCCAGAACGCGCGGACACUAGGCUGGGCACACAUUAGCCGCAGGGACUUCAAAAAGGACCAACUCAUGUGGCCGUGUGCAAGUCUAGGAGUGUGUACAACAUUCAGUGAGCGGGAAAAGGAGGAAAGGGUAUUCAGGGAGAAAAGGUCAUCAGAUCCAUACCAGUUUGCUGAGGGACACUCCUCUGGACUCACAGUCUGAAUAAUACUGCUCUACGCCACACAAAUAAAUACAAAACUCUUGCUCUCAGGAAGCUUACAAACCUUCCAUCAAACUAAUACCCAUGAAAACAUGUUUACUCUAAGGCAAAGCAAUCAUGGUAUCAACUGAUAAGACAGAAUGAUUAAUUUCAAGUGAACGAAUAAAUAAUACAAGUUAGGAAUUUAAGAAAGGAAGCCAUUUGGGCAAACCAGAAGAUUAGGAAAGAAAGAAAGGAAACUAGGAUGUGAGAUGGAGCAGAAGAGAGGCGUGUGACAAGGAGAGACCUUGACCAAGACCUUGACCUUGACCUGAAGUCUGUUAAAAAUAGGGUAGUCACAUCUCACCACAAAGAUGGUGAUAUGUGAGGUAAUGCAUGUGUUAAUUAGCUUGAUUUAGUCAUUUCAUAAUGAUAUGUAUUUCAAAGCAACAUAGUGUAUACAAUAAACAUAUACAAUUUUUUAUUUGUCAAUUAAAAAAAUU